AUGAGACGUGCUAGAGGGGCAUUCUGGCCGGUAACCGACCACAGGGCACUUUCAACGCUUAUCCUCGGUUCUCUUCUGGAGAAAAUUGACUUGAAAAGCUUAAGCGAUAAGUAUCGGGACUAUAUCUUGGAGCGUGUUCUCACGGAUGGUGCACCUGUUGCAACGGUUGUCGAUGAGCUCCAUGAAAGAGUACAGAAGGAAGGCUUGCGAGUCAUGUCCGUCAAGGCUAGCAAUCCUUAUAAUACCAGCCCCGAAAUGUUUCGUAACCAUCAGACUUUUAUGAGUAAAACUACUCUUAAGGAUGCAAGGGAAUCUUUGCAGACUUCUUCGACUCCUCACAUGAACGAAGGGGCUAGACAGAGAAUUGAGGUGAAACAAAACGCGCUUGACGAGCUUAACGACUUCCAAAUAGCCGAGGUUCGCCUUGUCAACCGUGGGGAUAAGACAAUUGUUAUGCAGCACUUCAACGACAAGCUGAAGCCAGACAUCGAGAGGACUAUCCCAGGAGGAUUUGUUCUUCCUGCUCACUUCAAAAUUAAUGUUGCACAUAACUUCAUAUUUAAAAGUGGUACCACAACCCAGGUGCUCAGUCGAACAUUUGAUAAGAUGAACGAUGAGAUCCUAGUGCAUUCGAUGUUUCCAUAA